AUGGGGAGAAAGUACAUUCAUGGUGAAUGUGGGAGGAAAUUUAAGGAUGUUUUGGAGAGGUUAGGGGUUUUGUUGGGUGGUUUCGAUGUCGGGGAGUUUGUUCCUUGGCUUGUUUGGGUUAAAUAUGUUAAUGGGAUGAAUAGUAAAGUUCGGAGUGUCGCGGAAGAUCUCGAUGAGUUUGGGAAUAGUGGAUUUGGUCUUGAUGAAAUCUCGAUCAAACCUCUUAUCUUGGACAUGUUUGCUGCUGGAACCGACACAACAUAUACACUCAUAGAGUGGACGUUAUCCGAGCUCAUAAGGCACAAAAACAUCAUGUCGAAACUGAAGCACGAACUGAAAAACAUAGCGGGACCCACUUCAACAAUAACCGAAGACAAUUUACACAAAUGCCACUACUUGAAAGCCGUAGUAAAAGAAACCCUAAGACUGCACCCUCCUCCACUCCUACUACUCGUUCCUUGA